CAGUAUUACUCUUUUACUAAACGGAGUACCAGUAAGAAUGGAAGUGGACUCUGGAGCUGCUUAUUCCAUAGUAAAUCAACAGACUUGGGAAAAGUUGAAUGAUAGUAGUGUUUUAAGUGUAUUACCGAAUAAGUUGUGUACGUGGAACAAUUCACCAGUGCAAGUAUUAGGACAAACUUUAGUGCAAGUUAAAUAUAAGAACACUAAGUUUGCUUUGAAUAUUGUGGUAGGUCGAGGAGUAGGUUCAAAUUUGAUUGGACGGAAUUGGUUUAGACAACUCGGUAUUACAUUAAAUAUUAAUAUAAUUGACCUUGAUAUGACAGGUGUAGAUAAGGUAAUCAGUAAAUACCUAAAUGUCUUCAAAGAAGGGCUCGGUACCUACCGAGGUAACCCUGUUGAUAUACAGGUCAAACCAAAUUGUUAUCCUAGAUUUUUGAAAGCUAGACCUGUACCGUAUGCGUUAAAAGAGAGAAUUGAAAACGAAAUUGAUCGUUUGGUAGAAAAGGGGGUAUUGCGACCCGUAUCUUUUUCAGAUUGGGCCACACCCGUGGUACCUAUUGUGAAGAAAAAUGGGGAUAUACGUUUAUGCGGAGAUUACCGUAGUACCGUCAACCAGGCGACUGAGUCGGAUACAUACCCAAUGCCUACAGAAAGUGAGGUGUUCGCGACAAUUGCAGGUGGCUGUUAUUACACAACUCUCGAUUUAGAGAGAGCUUAUACACAAGUUGUUGUUUCAGAUUCUACAUCAAAAUUUUUAACUUUAAAUACUUGCAAAGGACUGUACUCCGUACAUAGGUUAGCGUUUGGUGUGAAGGCAAGUCCCGGAAUUUUUCAGAGGUUAAUGACAGCAUUGUUGGCAGGAAUAAAAGGAGUGGCAAUAUUGAUUGAUGAUAUCAUUAUAAGUGGCUAUACAUUAGAGGAGAUGACUGAACUGAAGUUUUACAUCGCAUUGAAAAAUCAGGUGUACGACUCAAUAAGGAUAAAUGUAAGUUUGCAAAAAAACGAGUAG